AUGACAAUAACCUGCUUGGAGAGGGAUGGUGUCGUUGCUGAUCUCCGUUUAGCGGAUUCCUUUUAUUUGAAAUAUGAAGUUCGGGGUGUCUUGGGUUCUGGAGCCAGUAGUACUGUGCGACGUUGCAUAGAAAAAGACUCUAAAGCCGAAUUCGCUGUUAAAAUUUUGGAUCUUAAUAGUGGUGUCGACACCUCAGAAGUUAUACGUUCAGAAUGUAUGCGAGAGGUGACAAUUCUUAGAAAAGUAGUCGACCACCCCAAUAUCAUAAGAAUUCAUGAUGUUUUCGAGGGGGAUGCAUACAUAUUUCUGGUCUCAGAAAUUUGUCAAGGUGGUGAACUUUUCGACUAUCUUACCCACAACGUCAUUAUUUCCGAAAAACGUACUCGUGCAAUCAUGCGGCAGCUGUUUGAUGCUGUUAAUUUUAUCCAUGACCGUCAAAUCGUCCAUCGAGAUCUCAAGCCGGAAAACAUUCUUCUUGAUGAAAAUCUUAACAUAAAAGUUACGGACUUCGGGUUGGCUGUAUUUGUUGACGAUGAAGAAGAGCUUAAAGAAACUCGUGGAACACCAGGUUACUUGGCGCCAGAGGUCCUGAUGUGUGGUUACUAUGAAGAUCAACCUCCUUAUGGUCAACCUGUAGACAUUUGGGCAUGUGGUGUGAUUAUGUAUACUCUGUUAGCAGGUUGUCCCCCUUUUUGGAAUCGUAAAGAACAUUUGAUGCUGCGCCAGAUUAUGGAAGGCCGUUUCUCUUUUCCUAGUCCAGAAUGGGAUGAUAUCAGCGAAUCUGCAAAGGAUCUAAUAUGUAAAAUUCUAGUUGUGGAUUCCAGAGUAAGGUUGACAGCUUUAGAUUCAUUGAAUCAUGCAUUCUUCCUACAACAAGUAUGUUCAUUUAGCAUUUUGGUUUUUAAAUUUUUAGUAUAUUUAUCCGUCGAAUAUUUAACAUUAAUAAUUUGCUGCGUAAUUAUUUCAUGAGCAGAAAUUUGUUAACACUUUGAUUUUAUGAUUGUUAAUUCCUUUAGAAUGAUAUGUAUGGGCCGUCAACAUUUAGUCUUAAGUUCCUCCCAUAUAUUGUUUGCAUGCAGUUGGAUCACUUAAGUAGUAACGCUGAGAUCAAGCAUAAGUCUAUUAGUAAGACCGUAAACCCUUAUCGACAGAAGUGAUUGAAAUAUGUAUGGGACAUUUAUCCGCUACAAACCUUGCACUAGUGAAACCUAUAGUUGGGAAGACAGCCUUCAAUGCUAGACAGAAAUUUAAGACUGGUAUGUUGGCUGUCAGUUUUAUAUUUUAUCUACGCCGUUUAAAAGUGGAUGCUGCCUAUUUAAAUAUCAAUCAGUUAUCUAUGGAUCCAUAUUCAAAUAAGAAAUUGCGUAAAAUUAUUGAUACACUUGCCUAUGAUGUUUAUAGUCAAUGGGUUAAGAAAGGUGAAGAACAAAAUCGUGCUGAAUUAUUUGAAAAUGUACCACGUCGUGAUAUGAUUGAUACACCAGAAGCAAUAUUUCACAAUAGUCCAAAACGUUCAGUGUUAGCCGGUGACUCCGUGAAUUAUACACCUUUCAAUUUUGAAGAUGAAGAUGAUGAAGAUAUCAGGAUACCGAUUAGAAUUGAUUAUUAAUAAACCCUUUAUUACAAUCUGUAGUCUAAAAUUAGCCCCC